AUGGGAAGAUUGUUUCAAUUGCUUGCAUAAAUUCUUCAGAAACUUCCCUUGAAAUCUGAGAAAAGCUUUAAUAUUGAGGAAGAAGAAAAAUUCCAAACUGUGUUUUUACUAGAGAAACCUGACCUUCAUCUAAUCCCUGAAACUAUAUCAUUUAUUUGAGGGCAAGUUGUUUAUUAUAAUGUGAAACAAAUACCUCUGAAACAAGAAUGUGGGAGCAUUCAUCUCGGUUAAGACAAAGACAAGCAUUUGCCAGUGCUUGGGUCAACACGCUGUUGAAAAGUUCUAAUAGGCUCUGGCUCCCCAAUGUUCAAGACAAUUGGACAGCAACUUAACCUUCAAAUUGCUCAGUCUACUCACACAAAGCUAAAAUCUCUUCAUGCCAUGUUAGAACUUGUAAUAAAUGAAGAUUCAAAAAACUUGGCAAAAAUUUGUAUGAAAUUCAACCCUAAAGAAUCAUUUUAAUUCUAUAAGGAACUAGUGACUUGGAAGCCCAGCUGA